UCUUCUUCUGUCCGGCCAUAACCAUUGAUAAACCCCAAACAGAAAGUCACUAGUUCCAUCUCCAAACAAAAUAGGAAUAAACUGAGUUACAUCUCCAACAAAACAGAAACCUUUGGAAAAAGAUAAUCGAGUCGGUGAUAGAAUAAUGGUUGAUGUAGCGGAUAAAUUAGCGUAUUUUCAAGCGAUCACAGGUCUUGAAGAUCCCGAUUUAUGCACUGAGAUUCUUCAAGCCCAUGGCUGGGACCUUGAACUCGCGAUCUCGUCUUUCACCUCCAAUAACAACAACGACGACAACAACACGAACGAGAACAACCAAAACGCCGUCCUUUCUACCACCACCGACACUGGAACAUCCGCCGUAGAAUCUUCCAAUCUAACAACUCGCGAUGCAGUUACCGCCGCCGCUCCUGGUUUAGCCUGGAAACUAAUUACACUUCCUAUUACCGUGAUAUCCGGCAGUCUAGGGUUAAUAUCAGGUGCUAUUGGCUUAGGUUUAUGGGCAACAGGUGGUAUUUUGUCGUAUUCAUUAGGUAUGAUCGGUUUAGGAUCAAGUGCAAGCAGGAUUACUGAAUCUUCUUCUUCUUUAGUUUCGGUGUCGGCUGCGGCGAGAGAAGCGAUGGAUUUCGUUUCGGUGUUUGAGAGAGAAUAUGGUUCUUCUACAAAGCCUAAUUUUGUAACAGAAGGGUUUAUGGAUGCGCUACAAAGGUCGAGAAAUGCGUAUAAGUUGUUGUUUGUCUAUUUACAUUCCCCAGAUCAUCCUGAUACGCCAUUGUUUUGUGAGAGGACUUUGUGUUCGCAGAUUCUAAGUGACUUUGUUAAUGAGAAUUUUGUGGCUUGGGGUGGGAGUAUUAGAGCUAGUGAAGGUUUUAAAAUGAGUAAUAGUUUGAAAGCUUCUCGAUAUCCUUUUGUUGCUGUUGUCAUGCCUGCUACUAAUCAAAGGAUUGCGUUGCUUCAACAGGUUGAGGGUCCAAAAUCUCCUGAAGAAAUGCUCACAGUACUGCAGAAAGUGCUUGAAGAAAGUGCACCUGUCCUUGUUGCAGCAAGGCUUGAAGCAGAAGAAAGGAGGAACAACAUGCGUUUGAGGGAGGAACAGGAUGCUGCUUACAGAGCAGCACUUGAAGCAGAUCAAGCCAGGGAAAGACAAAGGAAAGAGGAGCAGGAACGUCUAGAGAGGGAAGCUGCUGAAGCAGAGAGGAAGCGCAAAGAGGAAGAAGAAGCUCAGGAAAGAGCAGCACGUGAAGCUGCAGAAAAGGCAGCUGCUCUGGCUAGGAUGCGGGAGGAGAAAGCCUUAUCACUUGGCGCUGAACCUGAAAAAGGAUCUGAUAUCACACAGGUUUUGGUUCGGUUCCCAACUGGAGAACGCAAAGAGAGAAGGUUCCAUUGUACUGCCACUAUCCAGACUCUAUAUGACUAUGUUGAUUCUUUGGGUUUAUUAGAGGCUGAUACGUACAGCCUCGUCUCAAAUUUUCCGCGGACAGUGUAUGGAACAGAGAAACUGUGUCUGUCGCUGAAAGAAGCAGGGUUGCAUCCUCAGGCCAGCCUUUUUGUGGAGCUGAACUAGGGAAGCCUAAUGCCAAGUUAAUGUGAUGAAGGGAAGUGCAGUAUGCAAGUGGGGUACUCUGUUAAUGUGUUUCUCUUUCCUAUUUCAGAUUUGAGUAGUGACGAUAGUCGGACAAGAUAGGUCUUAUAUGGAUGUUUGGUUUUCCAUCAAUGCAAAAAAAUAAAUAAAAGAAUUCAAUUAAGCGAAAA